CGGUAACUGAAUUUAGAACAGUGUAAUGAGGAGCUUCUAAAGCUUCUGAAUUCAGUCGACUAAAUUCAGCAAAGUGUAAUAAGCCUUUUAACCAUAUACGAUGUCGGUGAGAAUUGAAAAAAUCACGGAGCCCCUAACACUGGGGGAAGGGCCCCACUGGGAUGAACGUCAGCAAGCGCUAUACUUUGUGAGCAUCCAAGAUAAAACUAUACACAAAUAUGUACCAACAACUGAAAAACAUACAAAAACCAGUUUAGAUGGGAGGGUUGGCUUCAUAUUACCAGUGGAAGGUACAACAGACCAAUUUGUAGUGGGAGUCGAACGCAAGUUCCUUUUGAUACAGUGGGAUGGAGAGGACGGCAGUAAAGUUGCUGUAUUAAAGGAAUUAGGAGAAGUAGACAAAGACAGACCUAAUAACAGGAUUAAUGAUGGCAAAGCAGAUCCUCGUGGGAGGUUGUUUGCUGGAACUAUGGGUCAUGAAGAUCCUCCAGGUAACUUUGAGAGAAACAAAGCCUCUCUUUACAAAUUGGAUUCAGCUAAAGAUGGGAAAUUAGAGAAGAUUAUCGAAACUGUGUCAUUAUCAAACGGCCUUGCUUGGGACUUGAAGGAAAAGGCAUUUUAUUACACAGAUUCCAUGCAGUUUUCGAUAACGAAAUUUGAUUAUGAUGUAGAUACUGGAGAAAUAUCCAACCCCAGAAACAUAUUUGACUUUAAACAGCGCGGUCUACAAGGCAUUCCGGACGGUACAACCAUCGACACCGACGGCAACCUUUGGGUGGCCGUGUUUGGAGGCUCAUGCGUGCUCAAGAUCAAUCCUAAAAAUGGAGAAAUCCUACAAAAAUUAGCAAUUCCCGCCGAACAAGUAACUUCGGCGACUUUCGGGGGCCCAAAUCUGGAUAUUUUAUUUGUAACUUCUGCUUGUUGUAAUGUUGGUAAGGAGCAGCUCCCACCCUCCGGAGCUACUUUUAUGGUCACCGGGCUGGGAGUGAAAGGGCUUCCCAAUGUCAGUGUCAGAUUGUGAACAACAUGAUUGACAUUGCAAAGAUAAAUAACAAAGAUUACAUACAUCAUAAAGAUAAAAAAUAAUAUAUUGAAGUUGUAGGUAUUUAUUAUGAAAUUUUAGUGUUUUGGAAAAAAUUGUAUUGAAAUAUUUUUGUACACUUUAUUUUGAUAUGUUUGAUAUUUUGAUAUGCAUAAGCA